GCUGGGAAGACGGAGACUGGGACCCUGAACUGAUGGACGACACCGGGGCAGGGUCUGAGCACGAGGGGUCCCCAGGUGUGGGGCUCAGCUGGGGCCAGGGCUCAGGGCAGACUGCCCAGGGAGGUCCCGGGGUCUGGGGGCCUGGGGCCCUGGCCUCGGCCUCGGCCUCAGCAGGGUCAGAGGAGGCGGGCCUGGACUACCACUUUGUGCCCACUGAGCUCGAGCCGCAGGACACAGUGCCCCUGACCCUGGGCCUUGAGGAUGCCGACUGGACCCAGGGCCUUCCCUGGAGAUUUGGGGGGGUUCUUAUCUGCUCUCACUGGCCCAGCCUCCCUCCCCCGUGGCAGGAGUUUCUCAAAGUGGACCUGCCCCCAGGGGAGCCCAUGGUGCUGGAACUGAGUGCCAGCUGGGCCAUGGACCCCGCUGAGGCCGAGGCCUGCUUAUUGGACCUGAAGGUUGUGUCCAUGGUGGGCUGCUAUGACGCCGUCUACCUGCGGAAGAUGACUCCGGGCCGGGCCUCGAGGACCUCGGGGCAGCACUGGAGCCUGCUGCUGGAGCCCGACGAGGUGUGGGUGGUGAGACUCCAGGAUGCACCCCAAGAGCCGGACUUGCACAGGUGGAAGCUGAGCAUCCUGGAACCCUCCUUCACAGGGUACAGCGUGGAGCUGGUGCCUGCAGACACGGCCCUGCAGAAGAGGGGGUUCACCAUUGUCUCGUAUUCACCCUGGAUCAAAAGGCAGACCGAGGAAGGCGACCCAGCCUCUAGGCCACGGUCUUCCAGUCGAGGGCAGGACCCCAGCACCUCUGAGAACUGGAGGGGUGGGCCCAGGGACCCUGGGGAGAACCUAGCUGUCAUGGGAGCCUCGGCCCAGGGGGAGCUGCCCUGUUUCGAGCCCCUCGACCCAGGUCCCCAGAAUGGAGGGGACAAGUAGCUGCCAUUGUCCUGGUGGGUCUGGUCCAGCGACUUCUGUUUAAUAACCAGAGAAGCAGUUGGUCAGACUAGGGAGGCGUUUACAA